GGGGGAUAUAUUUCUAUUCUCUCAGUGCCUUUAAUUUAUUUGCAGCCGUCCUUCCCUUUAACACACUGAGCCCCUUUCCUAUUUAAUCUCCAAUUGGGGCGGGAGGAGGAGGGCAGAGGAAGAGAGAGAUCGAGGGACUGAGAGAGAUGAGCAGAGGAGAGGAAGAGGAGGAGAGAUGAAGAGAUUCAGAUUAGUGAAGCCGAGCUGAAUUUCUCUCAGCCUCUCGCCCUCUUUUCACAUCCCUCGGCUUCGUCACAGAAAAGAAAAAAAUUGAGCGCAUCAGAUGAACCUGCUGUGAGUGAGGAGCAGCUGGGGCAACUCGACCAAGUGGACCGGGCCAGCAUGCAAAGUUUUGUUUGUUUGUUUGGUGAGGAGCCAUGAAGAUGGGACCAAUAUGAACACUUGAAGCGGACCACCAGAAGACAUGCAGCACAACCACAAAAGCGCGGCACGUAACGGCUAUGCCAACGCUGUGGACGGUGAAGAUGGUGGCGGCGAGGGUGAGGAGGGCGGAGAGGAAGACAGAGGAGGAGGCGGCGGCGGCGGCGGAGGUGCGGGAGAGGACAGAGGCGGAGGGGACUGGGACGAGGAGCUGGAGGGCCAGGACCAGGGAGUGCGAAUGACCAGGACAGACACCCUCCACUCAACCACCAGUUCCACUGGAACGCAACGUAGGAGGGGACAGCACGCUAAGAAACAGGUCCAGGGGAGCAAUCAGGUCCAGCGAGCGCCCCGAGCGCUGUUCUGCCUGAAGCUCAACAACCCGAUCAGACGUGCUGCGCUCUCCAUUGUUGAAUGGAAGCCUUUUGACAUCUUCAUCCUGUUAGCCAUCUUCGCUAACUGUGUUGCGUUGGGGGUGUCCAAGCCCUUUCCUGAGGACGACUCCAACUCCACCAAUCACGACCUGGAACAAGUGGAGUAUGUGUUCCUCAUCAUCUUCACGGUGGAAACCUUCCUGAAGAUCCUGGCUUAUGGUCUGGUCAUGCACCCGAGUUCUUACAUCCGCAAUGGCUGGAACCUUCUGGAUUUUGUUAUUGUCAUCGUCGGGUUGUUCAGUGUCGUCCUGGAGACCAUGACGCACAAGUCAGGCGAACAGGCCAGCACGCACCACAUGCCGGGCAAACCUGGAGGUCUGGACGUCAAAGCUCUGCGCGCCUUCCGGGUCUUGCGGCCCCUCAGGCUGGUUUCCGGAGUUCCCAGUCUGCAGAUUGUGCUGAACUCCAUCAUGAAGGCCAUGGUUCCGCUGCUCCACAUCGCUCUGCUGGUCCUCUUCGUCAUCAUCAUCUACGCCAUCAUCGGCCUGGAGCUCUUCAUUGGACGCAUGCACAGGACUUGCUACUACAUCGAAACCGAUACGUAUGUGGAGGACGACCCGGUGCCGUGCGCCUUCGCGGGUCACGGCCGCCAGUGCGCGGUGAACGGUUCCGAGUGUCGCGGGCGUUGGGACGGGCCCAACGGCGGCAUCACCAAUUUCGACAACUUCUUCUUCGCCAUGUUGACGGUGUUCCAGUGCAUCACCAUGGAGGGCUGGACCGACGUCCUCUACUGGAUGAACGACGCCAUCGGCUUUGAGCUGCCGUGGGUCUAUUUCGUCAGCCUGGUCAUCUUCGGCUCCUUCUUCGUUCUCAACCUGGUUCUCGGUGUCCUCAGCGGAGAGUUCAGCAAGGAGAGGGAGAAGGCGAAGGCUCGCGGAGAUUUCCAGAAGCUCCGUGAGAAGCAGCAGAUGGAGGAGGACCUGUGUGGAUACAUGGACUGGAUCACUCAGGCGGAGGACAUGGAUGAGCUGGAAGAGGAAGGAAACCACCGUCCAUCUCUCGGUGAUUUGUCGGAUAAGAAGAGAGGGAAGUUUGGAUGGUUCAGUCACUCCAAUGAGACACAUGCAAGUCUUCCUGCCAGCGAAACGGCGUCGGAGAACACGGAAAACAUCGAUGAAGAACACACCAACUGCUGCCAGGCCUGCUGUGCUCGAAUGAUGAAGAUCGGCUGCUGUCGGACCCUGCGACGCUGGAACCGAGUGUGUCGCAGGAACUGUCGCACGGCCGUCAAAUCGGUGACCUUCUAUUGGCUGGUCCUGCUGCUCGUCUUCCUCAACACUUCCCUCAGCGCCUCCGAGCACUACGACCAACCCGAUUGGCUGACGCAGGUGCAGGAUAUUGCCAACAAGGUGCUGCUGUCGCUCUUCACGGUGGAGAUGCUGCUGAAGAUGUACAGCCUGGGCCUGGCGCAUUACUUUGUGGCGUUCUUCAACCGCUUCGACUGCUUCGUGGUUUGCGGCGGCAUCGUGGAGACCAUCCUGGUGGAGCUGGAGAUCAUGCCGCCGCUGGGAAUCUCCGUGCUGCGUUGCGUCCGCCUGCUGCGUAUCUUCAAGGUCACGCGCCAUUGGACGGCUCUGUCCAACCUGGUGGCGUCUCUGCUCAACUCGAUGAAGUCUAUCGCCUCGCUACUGCUGCUCCUCUUCCUCUUCCUCAUCAUCUUCGCCCUGCUGGGCAUGCAGCUCUUUGGCGGCAAGUUCAAUUUCGACGAGACGCAGACCAAGCGCAGCACCUUUGACGCCUUCCCGCAGGCGCUGCUCACCUGCUUCCAGAUCCUGACAGGCGAGGACUGGAACGUGGUGAUGUACGACGGCAUCAUGGCGUACGGCGGCCCCGUCUUUCCCGGGAUGAUCGUCUGCAUCUACUUUGUCAUCCUCUUCAUUUGCGGCAACUACAUCCUGCUCAACGUCUUCUUGGCCAUCGCUGUGGACAAUUUGGCCGGAGGGGAUGGAGAUGACAAGGCCAAAGAGAAAAAGACGGACGGAACGGACGAAGAGGCGGAGGAGGAGGAGAAGGAAGUGAAGGUGGACAUUGAUGAAGACACCGAGUACGAGGAAGAGGAGGAGCUACCGGAAGGCGAAGAUGACGGCGGCGUGCAGCUGAAGAUGGCUGACCUGGCACCACCCAAGGAAAAGGUUCUUCCCAUCCCAGAAGGCAGCGCUUUCUUCUGCCUCAGCAAGACCAACCCCAUCCGAGUGGCGUGCCACACUUUGAUCCACCACCACAUCUUCACCAACCUCAUCCUGGUCUUCAUCAUCCUCAGCUCAUGCUCAUUGGCCGCUGAGGAUCCCAUCAGGGCGCACUCCUUCCGGAACAAUGUCUUAGGUUACGCCGACUACGCCUUCACCUCCAUCUUCACCGUGGAAAUCCUGUUCAAGAUGACGGUUCACGGAGCGUUCCUGCACCAGGGUUCCUUCUGCAGGAACUGGUUCAACUUGCUGGAUCUCCUCGUCGUCAGCGUCUCACUCGUCUCUUUCUUCCUACAUUCCAGCGCCAUCUCGGUGGUCAAGAUCCUGAGGGUCCUUCGUGUGCUCAGGCCCCUGAGGGCCAUCAACAGAGCCAAAGGCCUCAAGCACGUGGUCCAGUGUGUGUUCGUGGCCAUCAGGACCAUCGGGAACAUUAUGAUCGUGACGACGUUGCUCCAGUUCAUGUUUGCGUGCAUUGGCGUCCAACUGUUCAAGGGUAAAUUCUAUCGGUGUACCGAUGAGGCCAAACACACUCCUGAGCAGUGCAAAGGGACGUUUGUGGUGUACAAAGACGGAGACGUGAAUCAUCCGAUGGUGCGGGAAAGAAUUUGGCACAACAGUGACUUCAAUUUUGACAACGUGCUCAUGGGAAUGAUGGCGCUCUUCACUGUGUCCACCUUUGAGGGCUGGCCUGCUCUGCUCUACAAGGCCAUCGACGCCAACGGGGAGAACUCGGGUCCCAUCUACAACUACCGCGUGGAAAUUUCCAUCUUCUUCAUCGUCUACAUCAUCAUCAUUGCCUUCUUCAUGAUGAACAUCUUCGUGGGUUUCGUCAUCAUCACAUUCAGGGAGCAGGGCGAGCAGGAGUACAAAAACUGUGAACUGGACAAGAACCAGCGUCAAUGUGUGGAAUACGCUCUGAAGGCUCAGCCCCUGAAGCUCUACAUCCCCAAGAACCCGGUCCAGUACAAGUUCUGGUCCAUCAUCAACUCCACGGCCUUCGAGUACGUCAUGUUUGUGCUCAUCCUGCUCAACACCGUCACGCUCGCCGUCCAGCACUACGAGCAGUCCAAGACUUUCAGCCACAUCAUGGACAUCCUCAACAUGGUUUUCACUGGACUCUUCACUGUGGAGAUGCUACUCAAACUAUUAGCUCUCAGACUCCGGCAUUACUUUGUGGAUGCAUGGAAUUCCUUUGACGCUCUCAUCGUGGUUGGCAGCGUGGUGGACAUCGUAGUGACGGAGUUCAGCAGCGGAGAGGACAGCUCUCGAGUGUCCAUCACCUUCUUCCGCCUCUUCCGAGUGAUGCGUUUGGUCAAACUGCUGAGCAAAGGGGAGGGCAUCCGCACCUUGCUGUGGACCUUCAUCAAGUCGCUGCAGGCGCUGCCGUACGUCGCCCUGCUCAUUGCCAUGAUCUUUUUCAUCUACGCCGUCAUCGGCAUGCAGACGUUUGGGAAGAUUGCCAUGCAGGAUCACACACAGAUCAACAGGAACAACAACUUCCAGACUUUUCCUCAGGCUGUCCUCCUCCUCUUCAGGUGUGCGACAGGCGAGGCGUGGCAGGAGAUUAUGCUCGCCAGUCUUCCCGGGAAACGCUGUGAUCCCGAAUCCGACUACGAGCCAGGAGAAGAGUUCAGCUGCGGGAGCAACUUUGCCAUUGUUUACUUCAUCAGCUUCUUCAUGUUGUGCGCCUUCCUUAUCAUCAACUUGUUUGUGGCUGUCAUCAUGGACAACUUUGACUACCUAACCCGCGACUGGUCCAUCCUAGGCCCACAUCACCUGGAUGAGUUUAAGAGGAUCUGGUCAGAAUACGAUCCAGAGGCCAAGGGUCGCAUUAAACAUUUGGACGUUGUGGCUCUACUUCGGAGGAUACAACCCCCUCUUGGCUUUGGAAAACUUUGUCCUCACAGAGUCGCCUGCAAGCGUCUGGUGGCUAUGAACAUGCCUCUGAACGCAGACGGCAUGGUGACCUUCAACGCCACCCUCUUUGCGCUGGUCCGCACGGCCCUGAAGAUCAAGACCGAAGGCAACCCAGAUCAAGAGAAUGAGGAGCUUCGGGGUAUCAUUAAGAAGAUCUGGAAGAGAAUGAAACCCAAACUUCUGGAUGAAGUCAUCCCCCCACAUGAAGAGGAGGAAGUGACAGUUGGCAAGUUCUACGCAACCUUCCUGAUCCAAGAUUACUUCCGCAAGUUCCGCAAAAGGAAGGAGCGAGGCGGUCUGAGUGUGGAGACCGACGCCACCAACCCGUCGGCUGUACAGCUGUGUAAAGCGGGUCUGAAGACCCUGCAGGAUCUCGGUCCAGAGAUGCGUCUGGCCCUCAAUGAAGACCUGGAGGAGGAAGAGGAGGAGGAAGAGGAAGAAGAGGAAGAGGAGGAGGAGGAUGAGGCCUUGAGGGACGAGGAAGAGACUUACCCAGUCGGACCGCACAAAGACCGGCGAGGAUCCGUCGGUCCGGGCGGGGUCACGGUUGACGGCGGCGUGGCGAACGGCGGUCUGAUCCAUCGGGUCGGUUCUCUCGGCAAAAUGUCAAACGGCGGCGAUUGGGACGCUCAUGUGUCACGGCGAGACAAUCCGAGGUCGUCUGUCAAUCAUCAUCGCCGCCGGCCCUCCGUCGGCAACGGCCUCCUCGACCGCGCCCACAAGAGGCCGUCACAUUACAAACAUGGGCGGAGAGACUUGAGGGACAGACACUGGAGGAAUGGAGACAUGGACAUGUCCAGAGAGUCACCUUACUACACAAGAGAAGAUGACGCAGACAGCAUUACUUCCACAGAAAGGUAUUACCCUGAUGAUUCGCUGCACCACGAUGGCCACGCCCCCUACCGUCACUACGGUAACGGCUACAGCGAGGGCAGGAGGACGACACGGAGGCGUCUUCUUCCGGCCACGCCCACAGGUCGAAAGCCGUCGUUCAACAUUCAGUGUCUGAGACGUCAGGGCAGCAGUGACGACUUGCCCAUGCCGGGAACCUACCACCCUAAUUCUCCUCCGCGCCGCACCCGCACUCAGACGUACAACAGUUACGACUGUCCCCCGUCGUCCGGUCCGGCCUCUACGGCGUCCUCCACAUCCUGGGCCAAUCCGUGCCCUCGCCGCGGGCGCCUCUUGUACGCUCCUCUCAUCCUGGUGGAGGAGGAGGGCAGCCCGUCAUGGGGGCGAUCAGGAGGAGGAGGAACAGGAGGCGGCCGCGAGGACAAGCCGACAGGAGCGGGAAGAGGCGUUAGCGUGACGGGAGCGGCGCCGAGUCCCGCCUGGUACGGCGGCCCCGGAGCCCCGCCUCCUUACAGAGCGUACACCACCCUCAGAGUUCCUUCUCAGCUCGGCGCGCCGUUUGGCGAGAAACGAGGCUCGGCCGACAGCCUGGUGGAGGCGGUUCUCAUCUCCGAAGGUCUCGGCCUUUAUGCGCGCGAUCCCAAAUUCGUGGCGUUUGCAAAGCGGGAGAUUGCCGACGCAUGUCACAUGACCGUGGACGAGAUGGAAUCGGCCGCCAGCGAUCUGCUGGGGUCCGCCAGCCAUGACUUCCUCAACACCGCGGCCGGAGAUGCCGCCGCGCUCUACAGCGACGAGGAGCCGAUCAGGACCGGCCGAGAGGAGGAAGAACUGGCCGACGAGAUGAGCUGCGUGACGUCAUUUUGAUGGACGGAUGCUCAUGGCCAAUCAGAGACCAGGGAGGUGGGCAGUCUGAGAAGCUCUGCAGGAAGUAGAACCCAAUUCAGGGAAGUGACAGAGGAGCUCACGUAUGUGGCUUCAAGUCGCAUAUCACGCUCGACAUUCUCAAGUGGGCGACGACGACGGACCUCCGAGUGUUUACAAACAACAACUGCUGAAGAAAAACUUGCAGUUGGGUGUUGGGUGCUAUCUGUUAGCAAUUUCCAGCCGGAUGCAUAGCAUGCUCGCUGCGCAGAUAUAAAACAUGGACUAAUUUCUGCUCCUUUUGAUAGUUUGGACAUUUUAAAGUCUCCCAGCAAACACUACAAUGUUAUAUGUUUUUAGUUUGACCUAGCUUAGCACAAGCAUUAUUGUCUGUCAUGGACAUCGCGAUGACGUCAGAUGCGUAUUAGCCUAGGCACAAGCUCCUUACUAAUUGCUAAGUGGUGGCCAAGUGGGUUUCUAGCUGACCUUCACUGUACGAGCGUCAAGUGAGCUGCCACGUUGUGGGAAAGAACGGGUUCAACAAUUGCUUUUUUGACAGUGUGCUAACUGUUAGCUAUCAGCUAACGCGUGUUAAAGGAUUCACUUGGAGAGUAUAACGCAAAAAAAAAAAAAAGAAAACUUUUACUUUUUCAUGCACGCCUCGUUGCUAUCACUAUCUGUGCCGUGUCUGAUGGAUAAGAUACUUCUUUGACUAGUCAGAGAAACUUGUACAGACAUCAGCAAUUGAAAUAAGAUGGUCAGACAUGAUUAAUCAAAAUAAGCCGGUCAGACCUGGUGAAUCCAAAUAAGUUGGUCAGACAUGAUGAAUCAAAAUAAGUUGGUCAGUCAUGAAAAAUAGAAACAAGUUGAUUGUGCAUGACCAAUUGGGAAAAAAAAUUGGCCAGACAUGACAAAUUGAACUAGACAUGAUUAACUCAUCUCAACUCAAAAUGAUGAACCAACGUCCAUCAGAUGUGACUAAUCGAAAAAAAGGUAUUCAGGAGGUGAUGACUCAGAGAAGCUCUUCAGAGAUGACUAAAAGAAAUAAGUUGAUCAGGCGUGACUAAUGGAAAAAUGACUCAAUCCAUCAUGACGAAUCGAAGGAAGUCACUCAGACAUGACUAAAUGAAAAAUUGUAUUUUGACUUGGCUAAUCAAAAUGACUUGAUCAGGCGCGAGUAACAUAAAAAGAAGAUAAUCAGGCAGGACUAAUCAAAAUAAAUCCAUCAAACUUGACAAAAUGGGCAAAAAAAAAGUUAUUCAGACAUGACCAAUGGAAGUUGAUCAGACAUAAUGGAAGUUGAUCAGACAUAACUAAUUGAAAGGUGAUCAGACUUGAGUAAUCGAAUUGUCAAGACUACUCGCAGAAUCAAUUAGCACUCCUACUUUUUGAGUACAUGCCAAUAAAAUCCAUUUUUUUGUACAUUUUUCUAGCUAGCUGUACAGCGGACGAGCGACUUCUCAUUAGCAUGUCGUCCCAUGUGGAAGCUCUUGCCGCCUAUCUGGCGCCCCCGUCAGGAUACUCUUGCGGGUUUGUGACUUUUAUAUCAGUUCUGGAUCUACUGGAAGGUGAAUUUUCGUUUUUGAUCGAUUUUUUGUUGUCAAGAUGUUUUUUUUUCUUCUUUUUUUGUAUUGAUGCUGAACAUCAGCAGCUCUCUUGUCUUCUCGUGUUCUUCCUGACCAUCGACCGAAGGGCUCACUCAUGGGUUUCCCUCCAAAUUUCAGUCGCGGGACCAAGUCAACCGUGCGUACCUCAAAUAAAAAAAAAAACAAAAACAAAA